GGUUAACCACUUCAGCCUACCAAAAUGCCACUUCUUCUACUACUAGUACUACUAUUACAUGUUGUCCCUUGAGCAAUCCAACCUCAACAAGAGAGAAGAAGAGACCAUGCAUUUAUACCCAUCAUUUCCUCUGUCCUUUCUUUCAUACUACAAGUCUGAGUAAUUGAGAGUGUCUGUGUGCCCAGAAAUGAAGAGGUCUCCUAGUUAUUCCUGCUCUUCUUCCUCUUCUUCUUCAUCAUCCUCAUGUGUUGGCCCUGAGAUUCCAACCAACCUGAAGCAAUCAGACAAACCCAAACCCAAACCCAAACGCAGUAGAAAAACCCACAACAAGUCUGCUGAGAAAUGCCCAAACUCGGGUAGAAGAAGCUCAAUUUACAGAGGGGUCACCAGGCAUAGAUGGACUGGAAGGUAUGAAGCUCAUCUCUGGGACAAGGCUUCCUGGAAUGACAUUCAGAAAAAGAAAGGACGGCAAGUCUAUUUGGGGGCCUAUGAUAGUGAGGAUGCUGCUGCUCAUACAUAUGAUCUUGCUGCACUUAAGUAUUGGGGUCCUGGAACCAUCCUCAAUUUCCCGCUAGAGACAUACACCAAGGAACUUGAUGAAAUGCAGAAGGUGUCCAAGGAAGAAUACUUGGCUUCUUUGCGCCGCCGGAGUAGUGGGUUUUCUAGAGGGGUGUCAAAGUAUCGCGGCGUGGCUAGGCAUCAUCAUAACGGGCGAUGGGAGGCACGAAUUGGAAGAGUGUUUGGAAACAAGUACUUGUACCUGGGAACUUACAACACACAAGAAGAGGCAGCAGCAGCAUAUGAUAUGGCAGCUAUAGAGUACAGGGGAACAAAUGCAGUGACCAAUUUUGAUAUCAGCAACUACAUUGACAGACUCAAGAGUUUAGAACCACAAGAUCCACCUGCCUCCCAUGUAGCACAAGAACAAGUCCAAGUAAAACAAGAAGUACAUCAAUUUCAACCACAGCCACAAGAACGACAAGAGCAGCAUCAACAAGAACCAAAGGUAGAACAAAUAUUGGUCGCCCCCAAACUUCAGUAUCCACAGGUUUCGCCUUGCAUAGAAAGUAGUACUACUACAAUGCAGGAUGUCAUGGAUCCUACGAACGAGCAUCAGUCCCAGUUCAGUUGGAACUUUUUGGACACUCUUCUUCCCGUUCCUGACAUCCCACUGGAUAAUAAGCCCUCAGAUAUACCAGACUUGUUUGAGGACUUGGGAUUUGAAGAGAAUUUUGACUUGAUAUUCGGAGGUGCAACUGAUAUCAAUUUGAGUGGCUUUUUGGGGGACACCGCAGCUUGUGUGCCUGGAAACUUGGAUGAUAAUGGCUCUCCUUCUCCUUGUCCAUCUUCAACUACUACAUCGGUUUCUUCUAACUACUCUGUAUAAAGAGGCCCAAUUUUGAGGCUGGAUUGUUGGGGUUGUUUUAUUUUGUUGUGGUUCGUUAUGGAGAAAAUGAGUGGGUUGGUCGAAGGGAGGGAAGGUGGAUAACAUAUAUUUUCAGAGUUUUAUGUAUCUUUGGUUUUGAUCAGAUGAAUAGAAAAUUUCUC